GUAGAGAAUUCUAAGUCGUAUUUCUGUUAGCACCCUAACAGGCCACUGUGCCACAUCUCAUGUACUUCAUGUGAUGCAUGCAUAAUGUACUAAAAUUGAUAACUGAGCUGUGCAUCAUUUGUUUCUCAGUUUUCUGCGGGAAAUGGGACAUCGAAGCUUCAGGAUGAGACAACAAAAAGAACCUCUUUAAUACUGUAGUAUGUAUAUAUACCUUCUAACCCAAAGUUGUCAGCAAUACUUUCAAUUAUUUCAGCCAGGGUGUGAUCAUUACAGCCAAGCAGACAACGCUAAGAAAAGAAAGGUUAGAAGUUCAAAGUGCCAUUCAAAAGUGCCACAGUCCCAUAUGCAUGAGGCAAAUGGUGAGGCAUAGGUGAUAGAUCAUGUGGACAUAUACCCAGUGCACUCCGAUAACUUGUACAGAGGUUGACUGUGUUGGCUGUAGAUACGAGUUGACCGUAGAGAUUUCAAGGUUAAAGGUUCAUACAGCAGUCGAUAUUUGCAUAGCCUAAUUCUUACUAGCCUGUUCUAUUCUAUUUACCCCGCACCUCCGCCACCCGACACCGUCGUGUGUACGUGAGCACCCGCACAGAGACAACACGGUAUGUUGCUGUUGUUUUUACAAUAGAUUGGUUACGAGAGUAGGGAUCGUUAGGAUAAGGGUUUCGGCCCAAGGUUUCACCCCGUCCCCUUAAUGGCACUAGCUAUAAUUGUUCUCAUAAGAUUUGCCCCCUGUUAGCCUUUUCUAUUGUGCGUAGAGCAAAUUACGAAUGUAGUCGUCUGCACUGCUUUGGCUUCUCUAUAGAACGCCUGUAUCCAUUGAUCCUGUAUUACAAGCUCGAACCUAUAUGUAAAAUAUAUCAUCCAAUCUAAUAUGAGUGUUAGAUCCCAACAGUUAUCACAGGCAAUCCGUAUGAUGAAUUAGUCUGCAACGUUAAAUGUUUACACAACUGAAAGACUUGUUCCGCUCUAGACAGUGUGAAAUCGCCAUAGCGACGAUAAGUGGACGACAAUCAUGUCGGCAUAAUAGAGUUUGCUGCGCAGAACAGACCUUGUGUCAUUUUAAUAAGCCUGCAUUAUGAAUAGGCACACGCCCCGUUUUCCAAUGGGGGAAACCUGUCCGUCCUCCCUCCAUCUUGCCGCAGGUGAAAGCAGACCACGGGGGAGAAGCGGAAUAAUUAAUGAGAGCUUUAAACGCUUGCGUGACUGAACAAAACACCCGUCUGGCUGGAUAGGUGAGGUGAGUCGUCCCACAGCAUGGCGGACGCCAUGCGCAGACACUGCGCCCGCUUCUCGGACAAACACGCCUAAAUUCCUUUCUGUACACUGGUCGGUGGGAGAACAGCGUCAAGAUGAUCCGCGACACGUCGUCGCCGUUCCAGAAGAUCAAGUACAAGGUGGUGCGGAAGGAGGGGGAGGACUCACCGACGGUUGAAGAGUCGACCGGUUCCACCCAGGUGAGUGUCAGUAGCACUACAGUAACUACCACACGUAAAGCCGUCCUGGGAGCUGGAACGGCGGCUACUGUUCAAACAGAGCUAGUCGGCUUGGAGGAAGUUGACGAGGUCAAGAAGUUAGUAAAGAGUUAUCUUGAGAAAAUCGAGAAGCUAGAGGAGGAAAAUGCGUCGUUACGUGACACGAUGGGCGCCAGUGCUGCCAUGGCGGCAGGCGAAGGGGACGAAGGGGGAGGGCGAAUUACGUCCCAUUCUCACGCGCUUCAGUGCCCGACUUGUGGGACAUCGACCGAGGAACAUGCGGCCGGAUCCUCACAGACAUUACAGCUUGGAUCCGUGCAAACAUUGACUCAGACAGGAAUCCGAAGCGAGGAGGCUAUUGACACUGUCACAAAAGUAAGCCAAACGGUUAAGGUAUUCAGGUCGAGUACACAGACAACAGACGAAACGUUCCAUGAAGCCCAACACAGAGACAGUACAGCUGAUGUCGCAGUAACAUCUGUCCAGUUUGGUCAGCAAAACCUAGUUCAGAAAGUCCACUCACUAGAAGUAGAAAACAAGGUACUAAAGAAUAGACUGGAAACACUAGGUGAAACAUAUGACCCCGAUUCCGCAGAAGUAGAGGACAGUUUUGUAACAAUUGCCAUGGGGCAGGAAGCCUUGGGUGAAGUGGACAUACACACCCUGCAAAAUUACAGUAAAGAAGAGCUACUGACAAAGGUCACACAGUUAAUCACUGAAAACAAAACUUUAAAAGUGAAGGUUGAGGAAGUGCAAAUUCUCAGUCCAUCUAAGGUAAAUGACGCCGAUAAUACUGGGGGCCAUCGGCGGGAGUUUCAGGAAAUAGAGGGUGACAAGAGGGCGUUAGAACAACUUGAACCUGAAGCUAGAUUGGCAUUGUUCCAAGAGGGAAAUGCAUCAUUGACAGUACAAGUGGAGCGACCUAAAACGGCACAGAGUCAAUCAAAUGACGCAAUGCAGACCAUCAUUGAGAACAAUCUAGUGCAAGGCGAGUCAUUUACGCAUGCGCAGUAUGAGCAACAGGUGGUUGACAUGCAAGUCCAAAUUGACAAACUCAAGGAGGAAAACUCCACGCUCGCUGAGCAAGUACAACACUCGGCUGAUGCAAGGACGGAGACACAAAAAGCCCAGGAGGAGGUCGCACACUUACGAUCUGAAAUCGAACGUCUGACCACAGAGAAAGACAACUACGCACAACAGGUCGAGAGGUCACGGGAGGUCAUUGCCCUCGGAGGCGAUGGUGCGUUACGUGAGCUCACAGAAGGGAUAAGUAGCCUGCAAGCACAGCUGAAGGAGAAGACUGAUGAACUGGAAUACACAGAGGAGAUCUUAGCUUCCAAAAGGGCAGAACUUGACACCGUUAGACAGCAGAAGUAUAAGUUUGAGGAUGAGAAGACUCGACUUGAAGGAGAAGCGUCAAAAUUAUCGGUGAUGAGCCAAGAGAUAGAAACUUUGAAAGCACAACUUGAAGUAUCUAAGAAGGCCGAAGUAAUGUUGGUGGAGACUCUUGAGCAAGUAGGGGCCCUGCAAACAGAAAAUGCAAGGUUGGAGAGUGAACGGGGGGCACUUAGUCUGAAGGUAGAUGAAACAGCCAGGGACUUUAUGAAGGUACAACUACUGGAACAGGAAGUGGAAAAACUAAACGUUGACCUAAAGAAACAGGAGGAAACUGAGAAAGAACUCCAAGACGUUAAAGAGAGCCUUGAUGUAGCAAGACGUGAGAGAGCAAGUCUAUUAGAGGACCAGGCGGCAUACAACAGACAUAAGGAAGACGUAAGGGAAGCAAAAGAAAAGAUAGAAGUCUUGCAGGAGACGCUAGCUGUUCUAGUGGAGCAAGCCAGGGAUACCGAAAAGAUGGAGAGAGAUUUGGAGACAGCACUGACGGAGGCUCGCGAGAAUCUCGCAGCAGUCACGUCAGAAAAGGCCGUCCUUCUUCAAGACGCCGAGAGUCGAACAAAGGAGCUUGAAGCAGCAGAGGAGAAAAUACAGACGCUACAGGGACAGGUGAAAGAAUUGGAUGCAAAAGAUACGACACUCACAACAACAAAGGAACAGUUUGAGUACACAAAGAAAGAACUUGAUGCUCUGCAGGUUAAAAAUGCAGAACUGGAAACCCAAGUUGCUGAGAUAAGUGACUUGAAGAAAGAGAUCACCGUGGCACGCGCGGUGAUAGAGCAGCUGAGAGAGGGCGACGAAGAUACAAAGUCUAAGCACAAAGAAGAAUCAGCCAAACUGGAGAAUGACCUAAAGAUAUUCAAGAAAAACAUGGACGCCUUGCAAACAGAAAAGGACGCGAUCGAAGGAAAGUUUUCAUCGUCGGUGCAGGAGCUAGAAGAGACCCGUAUCCACAUCAAGGCACUGGAAGCUGAGAAACAGACACUGUUGACGUCAGAACAGAAACAGAAGGCAAAGGAUCUACAAGAAGCGCAAGACCAGUUGAAAGUGUUGAGUGAGGAAAACAAACGGCUCUUAAAGGAGCAGGACAACUUUCAAAAACAGAGUGAGGACCUGCAUGUAGCAAGAAAACAGAUACAGAGCCUCCAGGAGAAGUUUACAACGCAAGCGGAGCUUUUUGACAAAAUACAGGGCGAUUUAACAAAAAAUGUGGAACUCGUCCAAGAUUUGCAGCUAGAGAAUAAGAAGCUACAAGAUCAGAAUAAGAGCCUCAGUGAGAAGAAGGAAAAGGAGCACCACGAACGUGUCAUCACACUUGAGACUGAGAUUGUGGAGUUAACAUCUCGUCUGGAGAAGGCCGCGGAAGCAGAGCGAGACUUACAAGUCAAGGAAAAAGAACUGGCCAUCUUCCGUGCGGAAAAGGAACAUUUAAUAAAAGAAAGAGAAGUCUACCAGAUACAGUUCGCCCAGAAGGAAAAGGAGGUCGCCAAUGCCGCAUCACUUGAAAGCGAGGUAAGCAGCCUCAAGGAGAAGAUGAAGGAUUUAAAAAGGUCAGAGCAGGAACUAGCCCAGUUUCAAGGGAAAUUUGCUGUCAUCAAGCAGGAGGUCGAGGAUAAGGCUAAAGCACUGGAAGCAUUACAGAAGGAAAAAGAAGGUUUAAGUAACCAAAUCAACGAAAUGGAAGGAUUGAAAAAGGAGAUAGCCAUAGCCCGUAACGUUAUCCAAGAACUUCGAGAAAGUGGAGAGAAGACAUCAGAACAUGAGAAGAAGAGUAAGGAACUUACCAGCAUCUUGGAGAGGACAAGGAAGGAGGUCAACAUUCUUCAGGAGGAGAAAGAAGAGAUGUCCAAAUAUUUUGCUUCUUCUCAGAAAGAGCUACAGGAUGCUCGCACUCAGAUAGAACUACUGGAGGACGAGAAACAAACUCUGAACAGUACAUCACAAGACGCUACAGAAUUAAAAACACAACUUGAAGAAGCCAAAAUGUCCCUAACUACGGAACUACAGAACUUUUUUACCGUCCAGACAGAACUUCAGGGGGCUCUAGAGAAGAUACAAACACUGGAAAAAGAAAAGAGGCUACUAGAAGAAGAAGUCAAGGAAGUUAGCAUUCUCGAGAGCGAGCUGUCUGUCGUAAGAGAACAAGUACACCAACAUCAAGUAGAGAAAAGAAGUACUGCAGAUAAGGUUGAAGCAAAGGAGAUACAGACAGACUCGGGAAUAGCUAAGAAACGUGCAGCCAAACUGAAACAGGACAAAAUUGUUGAGCAGGAAAGGGAUUUCGAAAAUCUAACGAAAGAUCUUGAAGCUGCGAAACAGGAAAUUCAACGCCUGAAACAAGAACGCGAUAACCUCGACGAUGCAUCUAACUAUACAACAACCAUGUCAACAAGUGUGGUAAUCACCACAGGAGAGGGUGUUGAUGCAGAGCUGUCUGAGGCAAUGGAAAUAAUAAAAUCGCUUGAAGAAGAAAGGAGACUCUUAAAAGAAGAAAUAAGAAUGGCCCACCAGAAAGAGGCGGACUUCCCGAUGGCUAUGGAUGACGUACAAAGUCAGGAAUCAAACAAAAGCGUUGCAAAUGUGAAAUAUGAAGCUAGCGACACACCGACUGACAACAAACAAGAUAGACAUAGUGAAGCUGAGUACCCAAUGGCCAGGGGAACGGCUCAUGGCAGCGAAAAUCAAAUGGGACAACCGAAGAAGGAACUGCAGACCGAAAUGCAAGACGAUAGUAACACUGAACCGUCUGUUUCGCCAGGGACUUCUCCAACUAUAUUAAUCACGACUGAAGUAGAUGACAUUCAGACAGAAGUUCAAGAAUUAAAGGAAAGAAUACAAGUGCUGGAGAAGGAAAAGCUGUUGUUACAAGCAGAAGUUAGCACCCACAGAAUCGGCGCUUCGGUAGGGGGAGAAAAACCACUGUCACAGGGAUCAAACACCAGUUCAUCAGAGAGAGUAGAAGGAAAGGAGAUACAGACGGACCCUGGAGUUGCUAGAAAACGUGCAGCUAAACUCAGAAGAGAAAGAGGAGCAUCAGGCCGAGAUAUAUCGUCAGAUGAAACGAAGAGAAAAAACACCGUCUCACAACAAGAAAGACGAAGCUCCAGUGAAGAUGAAGAUAUUGAUGGUGGUGGUGAUGAAGAUAGUAAUAUUGAAAGGUUCGUAUCCACGAUGAAUGAAGAACUACAUCAGCAUGGACAGAUUUCAUUAGACAGAGUCGAAGCAAAGGAGAUACAGACGGACCGCGGAGUUGCCAGAAAACGUGCAGCUAAACUUAAAAUGGAAAAACGAGCAGGGGUUGGCAAAAGGCAAUGGACAAAAGAAACACAGAACGAGAUACAGAGCUUGAGACAGGAUGAAGUUGGUGAUUAUGGUAGUGACGAUGAUAUGAUUGAAAGGUCUGUUUUCAUAAGAAGUGUGUCGCCAAAUGAAGAAACACUGCUGCAUGGAUCAGACAGUAGUCCAUCAGAGAGAGUGGAAGCAAAGGAGAUACAGACAGACCCUGGAGUUGCCAGGAAACGGGCAGCUAAACUUAGAAGAGAGAAAGGAGCAUCACGACAGAAAAUACGUUCCGAAGAAACAAAGAGGGACAGCAAACUCACAAAGAAAGAGAGCUCCACAGAGAAUGAAGAAGAUGGUGAUGCCAGUGAUGAGGAUAUCAAUAUUGAAAGGUCUGUUUCUACAAGAAAUGUGCCAUCAAGUGAGAAAGGCGGCGACGCGAAGGACAUUCAAACAGAGCCAGGGGUAGCAAGAAGACGGGCAAGCAAACUGAAGAAAGAUAAGGAAAUGGCGAGUGAUGAUUCGAAAAAGACUAAGUCCCUUAAAGUGGAACUUCAGGCUGCAAGAAAAGAAAUCGACCGUCUACAAGAGAUACAGAUCAAGAUGGCGGCUGAACUUCAGGGGGCGAGUGAAUUGCAGAUAAAGUAUAAUGAGAUGAAAGUACAACUUGAAGAAAUGUCGGAAAAGAAAGAAGCAACAGUAACAGACAAACGUGAGGUGACAAGACAAGGAGCUGCACAGAAAGAAGAAGAAAGCUCUAUGACAACAAGAAUACAGAAACUAGAAACUAAUGUUUAUGGGAUGAAAGAGCCUAAAUAUUCCUUACAAACUGAAACUUCUGAUGAGACAGGAGCACAACCGUCUCCAAGACUGACUGAGGACGGGGUUGCAAAAAAGGGGGAUUUCACGCUGGAGGCUCACUCUCCAGAUUUGGCCCCCAAAGCGGGUAGAUACGAGUUGCAUAUCGUGGACGCAACUUACCUAAGUACACUAUCUGAUGCAGAAAAAGUCUCUGUUCUGAUGGAGCAACUGCAAAAUGCAAGUGUUGCAAUGAAACAACUGGAGGAAGAAAAGGAACAGUUGUCUUUGGAGGCAACCAACAUUGUUGCUCUUCAGCAGCAGUUGUAUAGGGUGCAAACAGAAGCUGAUCAGCUGCGUCAAGAUAAAGAUGAUAUCAUCCAAUCCACUGGCAUAGAAGUGGGCAUCGAAGCAGAUCAUGGCUCCUUUAGGGAAGAUGAUGAAGACCUUGAUGAUCGGUUGAAGAACGUAACAUCCCAGUUGCUUCAGUAUGAAAACAUAGACCGUCAACUAGCAGAAGCAAAGGACACGGUAGACACCCUCCUUUCCGUUAAGACAAGUCUCGAAGAAAGGGCAACCUUGUUGGAAACUCAAUCGCAGGGUAAUGAAGAAAUGCUGAGAGAGCUUGUGAAACAAAAUACAGAAAUGAGAGAUGAGCUCAUGAGUGUGGAGUUUCUGAAGAAGGAAGUUAGAGAACUGCUAUUUGGCGACAGGUCUCCAUCUCUUGCCAGCCUUACUCCAAUGUUGUCUCCAAGCAGCAGAAAGCUGCUGGAAGUUGGAGGAGCAAGUUCCACAAGAUUUGACUUUGCAGGCACCAGACGUGAGAACCAGAGAUCGACCUCGAGACAGAAAGUAGGUGGCACAUCUGAUACUGAUGACAUUGACGGUACAUCAUCACAGUGUGCUUCGACAGACAACUAUACUACAGCAGAGGAUAGCGCUCGAAGCACCUCAGAUAGUGACAGAGAUCUCAGAGGCUGGACACCCAUCCAGUCAUCUGGCACAUAUGAAUCUAACAGGGAAAUAGUGGUAAAUGUUGUUGCAAGGGGAGGUGUUAGAGUGGAAAGUGAUGACAGUCAGGACAGUAUUGAGAUUCUGGGUGUUUCAGGGUCGCAUGAUAAACAAGAAACUACUGGGAGUUUCAGUGGAAGCACAAGCUCAACUGUGGUGCAAACAGCCCACUUUGGUCACAAGUCUCAUACGACCGAUGGAGAAAUCACACCGACUGUUGGGGGACACGUUGCCAGUAGGAAGCGACUUACAUACCAGGCAGAUGACAAAGGAACUGUGGAAGAUAGUGAACAAAGGAGAAGAACGAUGGGGACCAGUGGCACAGAAGGAGGACAAGGUCCAGAAGACAUGCGAAAAAUGCAAACUAGUUCUCAUGGGCAUGACACUGAAAGUAGAGAAGACACACAGGCCAACUCUGCCAGACACGACAAACGAGAACAACCAAGUGCCUCAGGAGGUCAACCUUCAAACAAGAUGGAAGGAGUUCAGGCAAAGUCUCACCAUCAAGACACAAGUAUAACACGAAGAGAUAUAACUUCCUACAGUGAUGAGAAAAUGACUGGACAAGGCAGUACAACAGACACUCAAGGUGAGAAAAUCAGUCAAGACAUUGGAGAUGCUUUCAUUGGUGGCCCAAAACAAAAAGGUGGUGAUGAUCAUGAUGGGCAAAAGGAGUUACAAACCAAGGACAUACCAGUCUCCACGACAAGUGAUGAAGUGUCAGCCUCUGGAGACACACCCAACAGUGGGGAUAUAAAACAUGUUGACAAAGACUCACAUGAGAAGUCAGGAGUUAGCUGGUUCAAGAAAAAUGUUGGAUCUUUAUUUGGGCCCAAACUGCCAGCAAAGGGGAAAACAGAUGAUAGUGUGACAAAAGAUGCCAAAGAACCUGGAGAAACAGCCAACACAGUUACAUCUGCAUUAAAAGACAUUAACAAAAGGUCAUCACUCUUAUCACAACCAGGUGACACAGCUGACCAGGGUACCACAUUAUCCAAACCAUCACAAGAUGUGUCUGCAACCGAUAUUGACACUACGAUAGAGCAACAACUUGACGUAUCUGCUGUAACAGAAAAGACAAAGCAUGUUAUCAAGAGCACCCAAUACAUCAAAGUUCUAAUUGAAAGAAUCCAGAAAAUCCAAAUAUGCAUCUGGCAGAAUUUCAGCAUAGGUGACAGUUCAAACAACGAGAACAGUGAUGUUGACUCCACAAUAAUGAGGAAGAAUGAAGAGUUGAAAGAGAACCUAGAAGAAAUGAAAACAGUGCUUGCUAGUUUGCAGUCAUCUAUGUCUCACGAAUCAAACAAUGAUGACGAAGGUGAAAUUGAAGACCAAGAUUUCAGCAAGGAGCAAAAAGAAAAUCUCAUUGCGAAUCUACAGCAAUUGUCUGCAAGUAGCGAAGAGUUAAAGGGGAUCCAGGAGGAAAUGGCAAACUUGUGCAGGAGCAACAGCGAUGACUCAAGUAAAAGCAGCCAAAUCUGCAGCAUUAUCGAAAGGCUGAAAAUCAAGCUUGAUACUGCAGUUACUACAAUGCAAGAGAUGGAGGUUCAUAUUAUGAAAGACAGCAAACAGACUGAGGAGAAGCAAACAGUGGACCAAAAAUCCCCACAUGAAGAGGAAACGUCUACAAAGGGCUUCUUCGAUGGAAUAAGGGAUUGGUGGCGAGGUGCGUCAGACAAAAGAUCGCCCACAAGCAAGGAGCCUAUUCAUCAUAAAGAUGAAGAAGGGAAAGGUGACCCAGAUGAGAGAGAUAUCAAAGAUGCUGAUGCUGAGGCAAUUGGUGUCCAGGAAGACAUAACUGCUUUUCACAACGUCACAUUGGGUGGACAACUGCAACUGCUAUCCACUGAAAAUGAAAGUGUGACUGAUCACCAAGUCGGAACAAAGAAAGACAAAACUGCUGUGCUCACAUCAUCUGGGCAGGCACAAAACAAAUUGCCGGAAGAUGAAAUGGAAGCGAUAAUCAAGCAACAGGCUGAGAGAGACUUCCUGCGUGAAGAAGUUGUCUCAACUGAUGCAAAAAGGAGAGACAAUACCACAAGUGAUGAGGUCAUGGCAGCAGAUUCUGGGCAAGCACAAAAUGAAUUACCUGAAAACAAAAGGAAGAAGAUAAUCCAGCAACAAAUUGGACAUUCUGAAGACAAGGAACAGACAAAAAGCUUUGUCACGGACACACGGACUCUUAAUGCCCUGCUAGAAAAACUCCAGCGACUUCAGGCAAUCAUUUUCCACAGCUAUGAAAUGCACACCCGACUUGCUAACAGGAAUGAAGAUACAUCUGGUGAAGACGCAAUAAUACAAGACACAGCCAACGAGAUGACAAAAAAACUAAAGGAAGCAAGCAGAGUCCUUGAAGUUCUGCAAAUAUCAAUGUCUGAUAAGGAAAAUGAAGAGAAAGGAGAAAAGACAGGUGGCCUGUCUUUCAGCCAGCAGGGAAGAACAGAUUUGGUUUCCAGGCUUGAAAUGCUGUCUGCAAGCAUAAGUGAACUGACUCCAAUCUGUGGGGAAAUUGGAGAAUUCUACAACCAAGACCAAGGUGAUAAAGAAAAUGUCCACAGUAUUGUCUACAGGGCAAUAGAAAGUCUGAGAAUCAAACUUAGCACAACAACGGAAGUCAAUAGGUCAAUACAAGGUCAAGUGGUUAGUCUUCUUGAUGAUGAGAAAGCUGCAGAAGAGGGACCAAAAUUCAGCCAAGAGAUACCACCUGAAGAUCCAAAAUCCAGUACUCUUGUCGUUGGACAAACAAGUCCAGUGCGAAAUGUACCAGUCAGAGAACCCUCACUUGACAGCAUCCUUGCACCUGAAGGUAAGGUAGUGUUUAUUUCCAAGACAGAAAAACCAGGCACAAAUGUUUCUGUAAACACAGGUAUAGGCACCACAGAAAGUGAUGUCAUCAGUCAAGCUGCCAUUAGCCAAUCACAAAAAGAGCUAAGUAAAGAAGAAAUGGGGAUGAUGAUUCAGCAGCGGACUGAAGGUGCUACAGUCACAGGCCUAGAUGACAAAGACAGCGUAAAGGCGAGAGAAAGGGGGCAAAAUGUAACUGCAGAACACUCUAUUGAGAGAUCGAAACCUAGGACUUUCUUUGGUGGACUGAUGAGUUGGUGGCAAAGUGAAAGGACCAAUGGAUCCACAUCUAACAACGUUUCUGCAGUUGAUAACAAAGAGAGUGAUUCUCAAAGCCAGACAGCAUCACAGAUCACAGGUUUAACGCACACUUCCGAAGCAGAAGAUGGAGAAACAUUACCUACUAGUCGCCUGCAGAAUGUACACACCAUCAAAGUUCUUAUUGAAGAACUCCACGUGAUUAGGGCAGACAUGGCAGACACCUGCAUCGAAGGAGUAAGCAAAGGCAGUGAAAAUGUAGAUGCAUCAAACAUUGCCCCCAUAAUGCAAAUCAAGGGUGCAAAGAUGAGGGAGAAGUUAGAGGAAGUGACAACAGUACUCGCAGUUUUGCAAACAUCCAUGGAUGUUGACGUAGAUGAGCAGAAAGAAGAUACAACUGACAGUUCAGCAGAAACUGGUCAAAGACAGGAAGUACAUAGAAAGCUUCAAGACUUGUCUAUAUGUGUGGAAGAAUUGAAGAAGAUCCAAAGUGACAUUGAAAGCUCAUAUAAACGGCUGGGGGCUGAAGAUGGCAGCAGUGAUGAACCCACCAAGACUGAGGCAGACAUCUCGAGAGACAUGGAAGGCAUGGCUGUUAAGACAGAUGAAGCACUUCAGUCUGUCACGUUGAUAGAACAACAAAUGGCUGAUUUGAGAGAUGAAGAAAUAUCCCAAAAGAGGAAGCAGAAAGGUACUUCAGAGAGCCCCACAGAAGAAAGAUCUGGGAGUUUCCUUGGCGGGCUAUCCAGUUGGUGGCAUAGAGGACCAGUCAAAGAAUCCUCCACACCAAAACCUCCAAUUCCAGGAGAAGAGGCAGAUGAUGAUGUAAAUGUCUCUAAAACUGAAGGAGAUGAGAUUGCAGAAGAUGCUGUUGUUCCUGACCUAUCUGAUGAGGCAAAGGAAACCAUUGCUAACAUGCAGAUCAUGUGGAUUUACAUGGAAGAGUUACAGAAUGUCUAUCGUGACAUGUUGGAGGUAACAACUGAAGGUGCAUCAGUAGGAACUAACGGGGACACAAGCAAGAAAGCUAAAGAGAAAACAGUAGAAAUGGACCGCAAGUUGGACAGUAUGGCUUCCUUAGUACGCUCUACAACUGAGAUAUCCAACGCCGAGCGGGAGCAUUUUUUAGCACUGAUGGCUAAGUUCCAACAGAUGAAUAAGAACUUAGCCGGGCUAAAGACAAAACGUGAGGCAGAUGCUGAAAGGGGAAGGGACACAGCAUAUGUAGAUGCAAAAAUACAGAGGAAAACUGAGAGGAUGGGAAACAGACUGUGUCGGAUGGCAAAGAUGGUGAAGAAGAUAGAAGCCCAGGCCAUCAAUCAACUUACAGCAGAAACGGAUGCAGGAUUCUUCGGUGGAAUCUUCACAACAAAACGCACACAUGAAAUCUCAGAUGGGCAAGAAGACUUCCAAGAGACCACAAGUGAAGAAGCGACAGACACAGAUGACCAAAGUGAAGAGGACAGCAUCCCAGCAAUAACAGGGACAAUGGUGGCCCCAGAGACUACAGCAUUUAAUGCAAACAUGCAGAUCAUUGCAAGCCGUAUUGGUGAAAUGGAAAUUGUCUGCAAGGACACAAUAGACGAUUACAAUUCUAAAAAUGUAGAGAGCAAACCAGAUGACUCCGACAUGACUUCUAAGGUGGAGGAAGGGAUGAACACUAUUCAGGAGAAGGUGGAUGGGACUUUGUCCUUGUUGGCAGAGGUUGAGACUGGCAUUCCAACUGAAGUUGCCGUGGGAGAUCAGCAAGAAAGCGACAAGGGUGAACAGAAAAAAGUGAUAAGUAUAGCUUCUACAGUGCUGAGAGAAAUCCAUGUGCUAUGCAUUGAGACAAUAGACAUUGUUAAUGCUCCCUCACAGGUCGAUGACCAAGAUAGAGAUGUGACAGCAACACAUGAGAUGGUACAGAAUAACAUGAGAACAAUUCAGACAAAACUAGGGACAUUACCUGAAAUCAUUGCCAUACGUACAAAUAUUGCCUCAGUCGAACAGGUAUCCACUACUAAUUCACUAGAUAUUGAGGAUGAGAACCAACUCAAAACAACACUCCCUCCAAGAACAAACAACCAAGUAACUAGUACAGAAGACCUUACCAUCAACAUUCAGAAGGCCAUGACUUGCAUCACAGAGCUGGAUCAGUUGCAAAAAACAACCAGAGAGCUGUACGCAGAGCGAUUCCGGGAAGACAUCAACAAUGUACGAAGUGAAGAGGUGGACCAGGUUCUGAAGAGAGAAAUGAAGAAUAUGGGGUCACAAAUCUGCACUGUCUGGAAUCUCAUUCCUGAGAAACAAAAUGAAGCUCAGUCAACAGAUGAAAGAGUGGCAAGGGAAGAUGGUACCAGUCCACCAAUGCUGACAGAUGCUGGAUGGGAAAAACUGUCUCAAGUCAGUGGCUCAUUGCAAGAAUUGAAAACAAGGCAAGAAACAUUACUGAGGGUCUACCAAAAGCGAGUGAGGGAAGGAGCAAGAGGCAAUGAGGGUGAAUCAUCAUGCCUUUUACUGGACACACAGAUGGAAGAAGAGAUGGAAGGGAUAAAAGCAAACACUGGGAGUGCCAUCCAACAACUUUCUGAAGUGUUGGAAGAACUCAACGCAGAACAACCUGAUGAUGACACAACAGAUGCACCAUCACAGGCUGUAGCUCAAGUUCAACAUCCAGGAAUUAUCAGUCGUCUCUUCUGGUGGAGAAGAAAAGAUAAGGAUGAUGAAGAUGAUGAUACAGCUAUGCCAGAAGAAACCAUGAUUUUGAUAGCAAAUAUGCAGAUUCUAUGGGUUUACAUCACAGAAAUGAAAGAAACACAGACAAACCUUCAUGAUGCCUACAGUGACAGGUUUGGGGAUGGCAUCACAGAUGAAAAAUGCCAAGAAGUGGACAAAACUAUCCAAGUACACAAGGAAAGCAUGGAUGCUAAAGUAGAAAGAGCUCUGUCAGUGGUCCAAGAAAUUCAAGAAAGUUCUGAUGUAGAACAGAAUGAAGCCCAACAGGCCAAAGCAAACACCAAACUACAGAAGGUAGCAUCACUGAUACAGGAGGUCAGAGAUACAAACAUCCAAGUUUCUGAGAUGUUCCAGAAACAGUCUACUGAAGAAGAAGGAGAUGGAAAAGAUGGCGACAGCAAAGCCUUGAUUGAUGUAAGGAUGCAGGAAGAGCUACAAAAAAUGACACUGAAACUGACCCAGACAGAACUAUUGGUUACAGCAGCUGAGAGACUGGCGCAUGGUCACAAACUUCCAGAUGAAACAGAGAGGGCAGAUGAGGAAACCCUGGACAGUGUAACAGACAGUGCCAAGAAAGAAGAACCCAAGAGGUGGUUUGGGGGAUGGUGGAGCAAUCAAGAAACAAAACAACCAAGCUUGAGUAUACAGGUCCCUAUUGAAGCACCUAGUGAAGUGAAGGAAGAGGAUGAGGAAGAGAGAGCAAGUGAAAAUGUGCGACAAAGUACAGGGCCCUUCAGACGGCUGCUCCGUUGGUGGAGCAGUGGGUACAACACAGAUCAUCUCACGUUUCCUGAGAAAGAUGAGGUUUACCCUGAAGUAGCAGCAACAGAUGUACCGACAGUAGCUGAAACAACUGAUGAAGAACAGACUGUUCCUGAUGAGACAGACAGUAGAGAAGAUGAGACACUUGCUAGUACAACGGGCAUUUUAGAUAUUGAGGAAGAAAGCCCUAUCCAAGCAACACUCCCUGCAAGAUCAGACAUCCAUGUAACUAGCAAAGAAGACCUUACCAUCAAUGUUCAAAAGGCCAUGACGUUCAUUGUGGAGCUGGAUGAGCUGCAGAAAACAAUCGAAGAGCGGCGCACAGAACGAUUCCGGAAAGACAUCCACGACGUACAAGGUGAAGAGGUGGACCAGAUUCUGAAGAGAGAAAUGAAGAAUAUGGGGUCACAAAUCUGCACCGUCUGGAAUCUCAUUCCUGAGAAACAAGAUGUAGCUCAGUUGACAGAUGAAACAGUGGCAAGAAAAGAUGGUACCCGUCCACCAAUGCUGACAGAUGCUGGAUGGGAAAAACUGUUUCAAGUCAAUGGCUCAUUGCAAGAAUUGAAAACAAGGCAAGAAACAUUACUGAGGGUCUACCAAAAGCGAGUGAGGGAAGGAGCAAGAGGCAAUGAGGGUGAAUCAUCAUGCCUUUUACUGGACACACAGAUGGAAGAAGAGAUGGAAGGGAUAAAAGCAAACACUGGGAGUGCCAUCCAACAACUUUCUGAAGUGUUGGAAGAACUCAACGCAGAACAACCUGAUGAUGACACAACAGAUGCACCAUCACAGGCUGUAGCUCAAGUUGAACAUCCAGGAAUUAUCAGUCGUCUCUUCUGGUGGAGGAGAAAAGAUAAGGAUGAUGGCGAUGAUGAUACAGCUAUGCCAGAAGAAACAAUGAUAUUGAUAGCAAAUAUGCAGAUUCUAUGGGUUUACAUCACAGAAAUGAAGGAAACACAGACAAGCCUCCAUGAUGCCUACAGUGACGUCAGGUUUGGGGAUGGCAUCACAGAUGAAAAAUGCCAAGAAGUGGACAAAACUAUCCAAGUACACAAGGAAAGCAUGGAUGCUAAAGUAGAAAGAGCUCUGUCAGUGGUCCAAGAAAUUCAAGAAAGUUCUGAUGUAGAACAGAAUGAAGCCCAACAGGCCAGAGCAAACACCAAACUACAAACUGUGUCAUCACUGAUACAGGAGGUUAGAGAUACAAACAUCCAAGUUUCUGAGAUCUUCUUGAAACAGUCAACUGAAGAAGAAGAAGAUGGAAAAGAUGAAGAUAGCAAAGCCUUUGUUGAUGCAAGAAUGCAACAAGAGUUGCAAAACAUGUCAAUGAAAAUCACUCAAACAGAACGGCUAGUUACAGCAGUUGAAAAACUAGCACUUGGUUACAAACUUCCAGAUGAAACAGACAGUACAGGCGACGAUACCGAGGACAGUGUGACAGACAGCGUCCCGUCAGAAGCCAAGAAAGAAGAACCCAAGGGCUGGUCUUGGGGAUGGUGGAGUAGCCAAGAAACAACAGAACCAAAUACACAGUCUUCUGUGGAAACAUCUAGUGAAGACAAGGAAGAAGAUAAUGUCAUCAGAAUAGCAAAUGAUGAAGUUAAUGCAAGUGAAAAAGUGCAACAAAGUACAGGACCCUUCAGACGGCUGUUCCGCUGGUGGAGUAGUGGAUACAACCCAGAUCAUGUGACAUUUCCAGGGAAAGGGGAGCUUGAGGACCAGGCAGAAAAACAUCCACAAGAGAGGGUAAAAGAUGAACAGGCUAUGGCUGAUACAUAUAAGGACAGCACAAAAGCUGCUAUGUCUGUUGUUCUAGGUCUUAAGGAAAUUUGUGCUAAGUACAUUGCUACUACAGAGAAUGAAGGUGCAGACCAGACUGAAGAAGUGGCUUUGGAUAUUGAAAACAUGGAACAAAACAUAGCAGUGAUUAGCCAGAAGAUAACAGAUCUAACAGAAUUUGUCACUAAAAUGCAGGUCGUAACACAGUAUGAAAUCACACAUAAAGACAAAGAGGACACUAAGCUAAAGGAUGCUGAACAAGUGGAAAAUGAAGAUAGAGAAACUGAUGAAGAAAGUCAAGACUUCAUUGUUGCCUUUGGUAAACUUCUGGUUCAAAUACAAGAACUCAAAUCAUGUGAAGUGGAGCUCAAAACCUUAACCAGCACAGAAAAGUCUGACAGAGAAGAAGACCAUGAUCUGACUUCAAGAAUCAUUCAGGUGAUGAAAGAGCUGAAUACGAAGACAUCUAAUGUUGGCGACAGUCUCACUGACAUUGAGCCAAAAGCACUUGCACACUGUGAGACUAUCAAGACUGCUGCCAAAAAAAGGAAAGUGGACGAGACAGUGGUUUUAACAGCUCCUCAAGAGGAAAGUAGAGGGAUUCUGAGGAGACUUUAUAGAUGGAUUCCAGAAAAUGUCUUUUGGAGAAGACAACAUGAUGGGGAAGGUGAUGCUCCAGGCGUGCCAGAAGAAACAAUGAUUUUGAUAGCCAACAUGCAGAGUUUGUGGGUUCACAUCACAGAAAUGAAAGAAACACAGACAAGCCUUUGUGAUGCCUACAGUGACAGGUUUGGGGAUGGCAUCACAGAUGAAAAGUGCCAAGAAGUGGACAAAGCCAUCCAGGUACAUAAGGAAAGCAUGGACACAAAAGUAGAAAGUGUGCUAUCAGUGGUCCAAGAAAUCCAGGAAAGCUUAAAUGUGGAACAGGAUGGUUGCACCAAUACCACACAGCAGGUCAGAAAAAACAGUACACUACAGAAAGUGGUAUGCCUGAUACAAGAGGCAAAAGAUACAAACAUCCAAAUUUCAGAUAUGUACCAAAAACAGGUGGGUGGAGAAGAAGAAGAUGGGACAGAAGGAAGUACUACUGCCUUCACUGAUGCAAGAAUGCAACAGGAGCUACAAAAUGUGUCCAUAAAACUCAACCAGGCAGGACGACUGGUCACAGUAUUUGAGGGACUGGUGCUUGGUCACAACCUUCACGAUCAAACAGAUGAUGAAACCCUUGGCAUUACUACAUUAGAAGUUGAUAAGAAAGCGGAGGAUCAAUCAAAGAGCUGGUUCAGGGGAUGGUGGAGCAGUCAAGUAACUACAGAACCAAUCUCACUGACCUCUGUGGAACCACUUAGUAAAGACAAGGAUGAUACUGACAUAGACAAAAAAGUAGAUGAUGAAGACAAAGCUGCUGAAAAAAGUACACAAAGUACGGGAGCAUUCAGACGUCUGUUCCGUUGGUACAGCAGUGGGUACAGCCCAGACCAUGUGACCUUCCCUGAGAAAGAUGAACUUGUGAACCUAGCUCCAUACUCUCCUGAGGUAGACACAGAAGACAUGCAGACUACUGCUGAAGCAGUAAGGGCCAGUGCAAAAGCUGCUGCAUCUGUUGUCAUAGACCUGAAGAACAUAUGUGCUGGCUUCCAGGGACAAGCAGUUGCUGAUGCAGAAGAUGAAGAUUCAGCCUCAACUAAAGAUGUAGCAAUGGACGCUGAAAGUACGCAACAAAACAUAGCUAUGAUUGGACAGAAGAUAACAGAUCUAACAGAACAUGUCAAUGAAAUGAAAAUGAGAGUUGUCAUGCUGAAUGACAUUAUGGCUAAGCUUGGAAAGAAUGGACAAGCUAGAGAUGGAGAGCAUGUGGACAAUAAUGGUACAGAGUUUGUGGAUGAAGAAGAAACGCAAGACAUUGUUGUAGGCUUUGACAAACUUUUAGUCCAUAUACAAGAUCUAAAAUCGUAUGAAACAAAGCUGCUUACCCUCACCAGUGCAGAAACAUCUACCACAGAAGAACAUCGCGAGCAGGCUAGUAGAAUUUUUGAAGAAGUAAAAGAGCUGGACAUAGCACUAAGUACUGUUGGCACAAUGCUAUCUGAUAUUGAACCCAGAGCACUUAAACCCUGUGAGUCUGCCAAGACAACCAAACCAGGUGUGGUGGAUGACAUAGAUGCUCUAGCACCCCAGCAGGAAGGUAGAGGGUAUCUUAGCAGACUUUUUGGAUGGAUGCGAAGAAACACUGAAGAUCCUCCAGAGCAACUUGAUAGUGUCUCUGAUGACACCUCUGAAGAAGUAGGAAACAUUGAUGACAAGAAAACGGAUCCAGUCACUGAUGUGCAAAGAGCUCUUGUCUGUUGUGAAGAGAUUGAAGAGGCACGAGACAAAGUUGUAGAUAGCUACCAGGAAAGAUUCAGGGAGGGUACAAGUGAAGUAAGGACACAAGAGACAGGCCAAGUUAUAUGCAGGGAAUUAAGAACAAUUGAGUCAAAAAGCACAGAAAUGGCUGAGCUUCUUUACAAGAAGACAACAGUUGCUACAGGUACAGGUACAGAACAAGAUUAUCACAUGGCUGUCUUAACACCACAACAGGAUAAGUUGUUGUUGGAGGCAUUGACUUGUUGUGAGGACAUAAAGGAGAUACAGACAAAGAUAACAGAAUUGUAUGACCGUAGACUGAGGGAAAACACAGAGGGAGAUGAUGGGGCUGAAGCAUGUUUCUAUCUAGACACAAAGAUAGUCUGGGAACUGGAAAGCAUUGAAUCCAACACAACUGAAAUCACAGAGAAGUUGACAAUGUUAUUGCAAGAGCUCACAGGGAAGAAAGAUGACAAAACCAAAACAGAAACAGAGAAGACGCAAGAGAAGGAGGAAACUUCUGGAAUUUUUGGCCGUCUCCUUUGGUGGAGAAAAACAGUGGAGCCUGCAGACACAUGUAUUCCACAGGAGACAGAAACACUGAUAGCAAACAUGCAGAUGAUAUGGGCCUAUGUCGAGGAAAUGAAACAAACUCAGACGCGUUUUGAAGAUGCCUACAGUGAUAGACUAGGAGAUGGAAUCACAGAGGAACAGAUUGAAGAAGUUGAAAAAGCCAUCAGGAUGCAAAAGGAACAUAUGGAGGAAAUGAAUGAAAAAGUGCUAGUCCUUCUUGAGGAAGUCCAGCAAAGUACAGAAGAUGGUAACAUUGCAGAUGCAGGCAAGGAGCAACAGGGAGAUGUCAACCUCUGUUUACAGGAUUUUAAACAAAUCAUGACUGAGAGUAAAGCAGGGAGGAGCCAUCUUGACGAGAUAUACCACCUACGACUCAGCAGUGAUGGAGGAAGUGACCAGGAGGCUGCCACGGACACAACAGCUAUCUCUGCAGAUGUACAAAUGCGACAGGAGAUGAACAACAUGACAAAGAAUCUUCACAAGGCAGGGCAACUCUUGCUUAUGGCAGAAGCUUUGACUCAAGGCUGCAUGGUGCAAGAACCAAAAGAUAUCAAAAUUGAAGACUCUGAGAAAACUGUUGAAGAUGCACCAACACCCAAGCUCUUUUCUUGGUGGUGGACCAGUGAUACUACAGAUGCAAAAGCGACUGUAACACAAUCAACAGAAAGUCCACACCUGCCUGAGAAACAGGAUGAAAUGCAGGAUGCUGAGAUGCCUAAAGGCGGGAAUAGAACUGGGGUGCUGAGGCGGCUAUUUCGAUGGUGGAGUACAGGUUACGACCCAGAUCAUGUUACCUUUCCAAACAAAGAAGAACUUACUGACUUUGAAUCAAACUUCUCAGGCAAGGAGGACAGCAGAGAGAUGGUACAGGAAGUUAUGGAUGCCCCUAAUACUCAGAGUUCAGCCCCUAGUAGAUCAGAUGAUGCAAUUGCAGACAUGAAGGCAAACAGUGAUCUACAGGAGGUAGCUGAGCCUGAAACAAGUGAUCAGAGAGGCUUUUUGGGAAGACUGUUUCAGUGGUGGAGGGCAGAACAAAAUCCAGUCACUCCAAAUGAGGCUAGGGGUGCAGAUAUCUCCUUAACUCAAGAAGUCAAAUCAAACAUUGAAGUAACCAAAAUCUACCUCUCUGAGCUUAAGAACAUCUGUGGCUGUUUGCAGGAGAGGUUUACUAUGGAGUCUCCAUCAGUGGAUGGUGGUACAGGAGUAGAUGCUGAAGAUAAGGAGAAAAUAGAUGAAGCAACGCAACAACUAAUUGCAAACAGGCUUGAGGAGAUAGCCAUGCUGGUCAAUGACAUUGGCACAGUGAUUCCCUCUGAUGAGAAACUGUCACCAGCACUAGAUCAAGAAGAUAGCGAGUCUAUCAGACUGCAGAAGAAUCUUGAGACAAUCAGGAUAAAUCUAGAAGACACAAAUGCUAUAUUUACAGAAAUUCAAAGGAUGCAAGAGCAGAGUGAUUCCCCUAGAAGUGGCCAUGUAGCUAAAGAGCUGCAAAACAUGGAAGCCAAACUUGCAAAGGUAGCAGACAUAGUUAUCAACAUUGAACCUGAAGUCAUGAAAUGCUGUGAAGAACCAUCCACUGACUUUCAACAAAAGGAAAGUGAACCUCCAGAGAGCAAGCAUGAGGUAGCACAGAGUGCAGGGGUCCUUACAAGGAUGUUUAAACAUUGGUGGGAGACAAGUCAUCAAGAACAGACUAUCAAAGAUGAAACUGAUGAGGAAGAAACAGAUGAGGAUGAAGAGGACACCAGGGAGAGGAUCAAAGCUGCAUCGUCUGACCAAAUGCGGGCCUUUCUGACAAACCUGGAAAUCACCUGGGUCCACAUUCUGGAGCUGAAACGGAUCCAGAUCGACAUGGAAGACAGCCACAAGCUUCGAGGUCAAGGAACAGAAAGCAUUUCUCAAACCUGCAGCAAUGUACAAGACGAGUUGGUCAAGAUGGGUGAAAAACUUGAGACAGUUCAGCAGCUUAUCACCGACUUACAAAACAGCAUUCCAGAGGAAAUGAAGGCCAUAGAAGUUAAAGAGGGGGCAGUUGAGGAAUCACAAAAUCUCCAUGCCAAAGUGUCUGAACAGCUGACGAGGAUCUCAUCCAUCGUUGUUGCCUUAAAAAUAGACCAGUUCAAUGUCUUCAACAAGUACAGCGUGUCAUCAUUCAUGGAAGAUGACUCAAGUGUGAAACAAUUUGACACCAUGUUCAAUGAGGAGAUGGAAGGAAUCAGGAUGAAGCUAGAGGAAGUGACAGAACUGUUCACUGAUGUUGAAGACAUUGUCAUGAAAGAGAUGAAGAGAAAACACGAGAAAAAGGAGGCUAGAGGCAAGAAAAGCAAAAUGGUGACUUUGUCACAACAAAAGGAAUCCAUGCAAGUACAAAGAGAAAGCUUCUUUAGAAGACUAUUCCAUUGGUUGACAGAUUCAGGAAUCGAAGAGACGAAACCAAAAAGCAUCAAACAGUUUUCAACAGAUUCUACAGAUGUGGAAAAAACAACCACAGAGACUGACAGUGAAGUUACACCCAAGAAAUAUGGUUUGGUGCAAAGAUUUUCUGCAUGGUUCACAGGAAGAUCUAUGUCAGAUGAAAAUGAUGCCACCCAAGAAACUACAGCAGAAAAGCCCACAACAGAAACAUCAAGCACAGCUCCACAGUCUGAUCAAGGUUCUGGAACCCAAGCAGGAGUAUUUGGGACAAUGGUUCAGUGGUGGAGUAGCAGAAGAAAAACAAACAUUGUUAAAGAGGAGGAAACAGAGGUACCUACCAUGCCACCUGGUCUGCAGGCCUUCAUAGCAAAUGUACAGUUAGUCGAUGCCUACUGUAACCAGGCACAGUCAUCACUUUCAGAGAUGGUGGACAUCUACCACCAGGGACCUACAGAGUUGAGUGAACUUGGAGAUGAGGAAAAGAAGGAAGAUGUUAAGAAUAGACUUUGUGCUAUUGAAAAUACCUGGAAAAUGCUGCUCUCGACAACUGCCAACUUGGAAUCAGCUCUUACCAAAGAUGAGGAAGAACAGGAGGAGGAUUCAAACAUCACCGAGGAGUGGGAGAUGGAUGAUGUGACAAGGAAACAAACCUUGACGUUGUCUCGUGACCUGAAAGAAAUGAUUCAAGCAACACUGCAGACGUUGCCACAGAUUAAAGCUGUGUCAGCAGGUGAAGAGCUCGAAGAUCACAAACAAGGAGAAACUACUAACAUCACAGUGCAGACCAUGCAGGAGAUGCACAGCACUCUUAACAACAUGAGGAUCAAGCUGCAUGAACUGGAACAAUACGCUCUGUUUGGGAGUGCUUUACAUGAAGAACAACCACAAGAGUCAGAGGUGAAGACCAAAUAUGGAAAGGAAGUGCAAGAAGAUGGUGGGUGGUUUGUUUUCAGGUGGUGGGGAGUGACCAGACAGGAGACUACCAGCAGCACCACACAUCCAGCAGAAGUAGAGACGAGAAGUGGACCUGAGAACCUCGAGACCCAGCAGGCUAUAGCUGCAGAAGAAACUGAUGGACAGAUACAAGAUGCCAAGAUAAGUGUAUUUGGCCGAGUACAACAGUGGUGGAGAGGAGUGUAUCAGCCCAAUUAUGACCAGUAUAGAGACAACACAGACCAGCCGGGGAGCGACUCACAACCAGCACAACCGCACAUGAGGAGAGAGGACCUGAAUGCAGAAAUGACUGUGGAAGAUUUAGAUUCUACAGAUGACUCUUGUGUUCUACCACAUGAUGCUGAAGAUGAGAGCAUCAUGACAAGGGGACUUAGACUUGAGCUGGACAAACAGCUGGACAAACUGAACGAGAGGUCUGAGGAGCAGGGCAUACGUGAGGGGAUCUUGGGACUGCUGGUAGUGGCCAGUGUCUGGUUUCUAGGAGGACUAAUAUACGUUAACACUAACCAUGGCUUUUAACUGUUUUAAUACUGGACACCCAAGGGUAGUGGGUCCUACUUGUGUAGUAUAGGCCUGCAAUAGCUGAUAUUACGUACACAUGUACAGGGUAGGAAAUAUUCUCAGUUUAAAUGCGCUCAUAGAUACAUUGAUGUACAUGUACAUGUAUGUAUGAAUGAGUGAUGGCAUCACAAUGUGCCUGUCUAGAUCCAUUUAUGUUAGAACAAUGUAGCUAGCCAUAAAGAUUCGGGGACACAAAGAAAUACCAUAUUCACUGUUGGGGCAAGAGCAGCAAUGGUUUAAUAUACAAGACAUGUACAAUAUAUGUGAGGACUAUAUAAUCUGGGGGUUGCUAUUUGAUAAUUGUAGUCAUGUGAAAUAUUACUAUUUUCUGAAAAAGCUGAAAAAUUAUUUUGCUAGAAAUGUAUAUCUUAAGAACUAGAUUUAGAGAAAGAUUACUAUGCUUUUAUUAUACAGGUAGACAUUUUAUGGCUGUAGACUGUUGUGUCAUCUAUAAUGUAUGGUGGGGAGCAGGUGUGGAUGAAUUAGUCAUUAACAGGUACGUGACGAUAUUUACGUACUUGUUAAUGUAAAGUAUGUUUUAACAGUAUUACAGGACUUGGCAAUGAAAUAAUCAAGCAAAAUGUUGGGGUGUUCAUACAUUUUAUCCAGUUUUACCUUGAAGUUCAUGGACAUUCUAUUGGCUACUACUUAAUGACUUUGAACCUGAAUAUCUAAUUGUGAAAUAAAAACAGUAUUCUGGAGAGGACCCAUCCUAUCAUUGUACAUAAAUGCAUGAACUGCUGUAUUAUGGUAAAGGACACCGAGAUUUAAGAAAAUUCUUUUAGAUUGGGUGGCUUUACAACUUGGUAAGAUCAUUUUAGGAGGAAAGGUUUAAACUGUGAUGCAAGCAAACUAGUUUGGAGAUAUUGGGUGCUGCUUACGUGGUGCAUAUGCUUAACAUUAACAUGUGCUGUGGCUCCAUGUCGUUCUAGGAUUUCCUAUUCAGGAAAGCUUUCUCAUCCAUCUUCAGCAUUGUAUUGUAAUGCAUAUCAGAGGCUACAUUUCUGGUAACCCAUCACUGAUUCAACAGAGGAAAUACAUGUAACUUUCAAACUGGUUGUUUAUAGGUGUUAGAACGUUAAGACAAUCUUACAAAAUAUCACAUAGAAUGCAGUGUCUUCAUGUAUGAACCAUUUAUUCAAAUUAUUGCGACAAUGAAGGUUAUUUACAAUCAAAUCCACUGUUUACAAUGGUUAGUCACAGUAACAAUGUUUGAUGUAACAUGAGUAAUGCUAAACCGUCCUUAUAUCUUAUGUGCAGGGAUAGUCUGUUGUGUAACAUUGGUGGCUGCUAUGUUCUGUUAUUUUUGUGAGCAAGUGGAUUUAGUUCUUGGAUUAAAUAUUGUACCGGUA